UUCAACACUCAGCAGUCUACAUAAGAGUUUGGGAGUUUUUAAAAAAUUCAUUUUAAUUUUCAAACUCUUUGCUGAAGGUUUAAAAGUGUGUAGUCUUGCUUUUGUUAUCUAAUUUUUUAAUUUAUCUUACAAAGAAUGAAAUUUUAUGUGAUUUGAAGUAGCGAGAAGGAUUUGUUUAUAAAGAGAAAUUGAUACUUAGAAUUUCGCAUCAUUUUACUUAUUUAUAGAUAAAAUGACAAAUAAUCUAGUGUUUAAUAAAAAGAUUUUGGUUUUGCUGGUAUUGUUAUGCAUCCAAAAAGUUACGUCAUUUUGGGAAUUUGCAGUGUGUACGAAAGAGAAGAUCAUAUUUUAUGAUGACAAGUGGUCGCUUUUAGAGACAUCAGUCAGAAAAGAUGGUCUCGAGCAUCUUAAGUCGAUCAGUUAUGACGCUGUUAAUGAUGUUUUUUAUUUCACCGAUCGUAAACAUCCACAAACCAGCAUCUUCUCAUUAAAAGUAAAGAAUGACACAACAUUUCUCACGACACCUUUGGUGGCACGAAGCGAGAAUGAAGUCAUUCAAGAUUUAGUUUAUGAUUUUCAUGAUGAUGCGCUUUAUUGGAGUGAUUCAGGAAACAAAAAGAUUGUCAAAUUAAUUUUUGAUCGAAGCAAAAAUCUAAAGUUUCAUCAAGAAACUUUCUUGAAUGUUGAUGGAGAUUUGGCUGGUCUUGAACUUGAUAGUUGUCAACGCAAUCUUUAUUACACGAUAGUGACAGAAAACAAUCCAAGCAUAAAUGUUGUGUCGCUUGAUACAACGAAAGUCGCAAAACCAAUUUCAUUUGGUAACAAAGAUCAUUACAAACCAACAGCAAUUGCAAUGGAUCAUCAAAAGAGAAGACUUUAUGUAGCUGAUGUUAGAAAUUACAACAGCUACUCAAUCGACUCAAUGGCAGCUGACGGAAGCGACUUUCGUACGGAAAUAAGCAAGGAAUUUAAAAUGCCUCGAAGUGUUGCUGUUGACAGUGAAUAUGUUUAUUAUGUUGAAGGCAACGAUCAUGAAUUAAGGCGAUUUGUUAAAGAUUCAAACAAGAAAGCUUCGGAGAAAUUGAAGGAAUUGCCUUUCGAUCCCAGCGAUAUUAUCAUCAGAAGUAAUUUCUUCACAGACUUAGAUCCACAACUCUGUAAAGUUUCACAGAAGAAAAUCGAACAAGUUAAGAAAGAAAUCGAAAAUCAAGCUCAGAAAGAGAAUUUGAACAAAAUGUGUCUUCAUGGUGGAACACUUGAUAUGACAACAUCAAAUUGUAUGUGCAUGGAGAACUUUGAUGGUGAUUAUUGUGAGAUAAAUUUAUGUUACAACUUCUGCUUAAAUGGCGGCGAAUGUUCAAUGAAUAGAAAUGAAAUCAGUCAACGUUUUGAAGCGAAAUGUUCAUGUAAGAAAGGAUACACAGGUGAACAUUGUGAAGUCGAUGUUUGUUCAAAUUAUUGUCUUAAUGAUGGCAAAUGUAGCAUCGAUUUAAAUAAGAAACCAAAAUGCAGUUGUGGUGCAAAAUCGAGUGGUUCAAGGUGUGAAAACUUGCAAGAUGAUAGUUCGUCAGUGUUGAUUAAAUCACCAACAACGACAACAACAAAGGUGCCUGAAUCAUUAAGCAUUCACGAAGGUGUUCCUGAAAUUCUUUCUCUGGAAGCUGAAGAACAUCCCGAAAUUCUUUCAUGUACUCCAAACUCGAUCAACAUAACUUACGUCAUUCUUGGAGUUUGUUUAACGAUUUCACUUCUACUUUUCUUGAUCAUUCUUGUCGUCAUCAAGAAAGUCAAUGGACCAACGCGUCCAAAGAUUCGAAAGAAGUAUGUCGUUCAUAAGAACAUUGAGCCGCUCACUUAUCGUCCGACUACAGAGCAAUGUGAAGUCAUCAUCGAAGAUUGUUGUAACAUGAACAUUUGUGAAACUCCAUGUUUCGAUCCGAAAGUUCUUCAACAAGAAAUCAAUGAAGGAAAUAUCAGCGUAAAGUUGACAUCAAGUAAGAAAUGUAGCAGCAAAGAAGAUAAACAAGAUUUGUUAAAGAACAUGGAAUAUAAUCAGUAAAUUAUUGAUCGAGAUACUCUUGCCAUUGAAAGCAUGCAAAAAAUAUUUCUCACGUCACUCGCAAAUAGUUUUCGUUCGUGUAAAGCUGAGAACCAAAAUCUGAUGAUGAAACAUAGCAAAGUUAUAUUAAUACGGGGUCCCUUUUCUUUAAAUAGCUUUUAGUAAUUAUUAUUAGUUCUUAGACCGAGGCCUAUUGACCUCAUCAUCAUCAUGAUCAUCGAAAAGAUUAAGAAAAAGAGAGAGAAAUAAUUACGGAAUCGGUCAUUUGUACAUAAAUAAUGUCAGCAGCAGAAUAAUUCGUGGUAAAUAUUUAUCAAAUAGAAAACAUCAUUUAGAGUAAAAGAAUGAAAAUAGAAAAUGUUUUAGAAACAUAUUUUAAGAAAAUAAGACUGAUAUGUGAUAACAAAAAUUCUGCCAUCGGCGAUAAGAAAUCGUCAUGCGAAAUAAUUUCACAUGAGUUUCUUCUUUUCUACUUAUGUAAAACAUAAAAUUCGAAAAGAAUAAAAAAAUUAUUGCAGAA